AUGUCUUCAGUGCCUGACGGGAAAAAACUCGUCCGGAGCCCCAGCGGCCUUCGCAUGGUGCCCGAAAACGGCGCCUUUAACAGCCCUUUCUCCCUGGACGAGCCGCAGUGGGUCCCGGAUAAAGAGGUGAGUCAGGGUGGGGAGAGGAUUUGUUUGACAGCGAGCGGAUAUCAGGGCUGUGGAUACGAUCGACAAGCUAGAGAGGAUGUAAUGGUGAGCGUUUCCGGUUGGAAUUUUCAAAAUAAAAGUGGUUGCGAAGUUACACUACAAGAACAUUGAUUAAGCAAGAAAAAGGCCAGAAUUUUUCAUUUUAAAACAUUUUUUUUUCGCGUACACUUUUGAAGUCGUCUUGCCUCUGGCAGCGUUGAGUGAUAAUGUCAAAUAAAGUUAUAUUUACAGUGUUAAAAUGUGUUUUAAUACAUUUUCCAGUUCAUUUAAGGGGUGGGGUGGAACUUACCCCAUACUCGGGGUAAGUUGACCAUAGGAGACCACUUUUUUUGGCAUGCUAUAUUAUCAAGACAGUUAUGUUUACACUCAUUCUGUUGGUAGGCCGAGAUGCACAAAAUCUUGAAAUAAAAGCAGGUACACUAUUUGGAGACAAAACUAUGAUCGCCUUGAUGUAGUGAUCAGAAAUAUGAAAAAUGGCUCAUCUUACCCCUCUCUGAACCGGAAAGUUAUCGUCUUGUCGUGACAAUUGAUAGAAUUUUAAAUUGGUGUUUUUUUGUAAUCAGUCAAUCAUCAAUAAAUGUAAUGGCACAUUUAGCUCAAAAUUAAGAAUUACGAAAUAAAAAAUCCCGAUAAGAGAUUUGUUUCCUUUCGGUGCUUUUAUUUUGAAGCACGGUAUUCCAAUUUCCGCCCGCUAUCUUGCUUGCUUCGGCUAACUUGACGCUGUGCUGGACAUGGCAGUUGGCCCCUGGACUGGGCGUUGCAGGCGCGCACGGCCAGCCUGGCAUUUAAAGGAUCCUGUUUACUAGGAAAAACCCGCUUGUUAACUCCCCCCAAUUAUCUGCCAGUCACUCAUUAUAUCAAAGUUGAUCAGAGACAUUGAAGAUUAACUUCUUCCUCUUGUUUUGCAUUCUAGCUUUCAGCUACGUCCUCACUUAGCUUGUCACAUUUAAGCUAGCUGGAGGAGCUAGCUGUUGAGUUUGAGGGGCUCUGUGUCCUUCUGGGUGACUUUAUUUUGUUUCAGUAUGCAGUUGAACUAAAAGAGGAGAAGUAGGUAAACAAACACAAUGUCAGUGCAAAGGCUAGAGAGCACAAAGACACACUUUGACCAGACUGACAGUGAACUCCAGCUAAUAAAGUUAAUGAUUGAAAUCCUGGAUCUGGUUUUAUAUUAGAGGCACUGACAGAUAAUGAAAAUAAAGAUUAAUCAUUUCCAGACCAAACAUUUGCCUUUCACAUGUCACUUUUGGUUAAUACUCUUCUAGGCUUGGGCGAUUUGGCCACAAAAAUGAUCACAAUAUAUUUUGUCAUAUCGUUGGAUCUCGAUUAUUUUCACGAUUUUUUUGUAUCUUUUUCAACCUGCCAGUUUUAAAGCAUCUGUACUAAAAACUAAAGAAACUAGAGAUUGAUUCAACAUUUUGUUAGCAUACAAAGUAAAUAACAAAGCAAAGUAAAACAAGAUAAACAGAAAAGUAUAAAAAAACAUUUUAACUCAACAGUACAACAAAUUUAGAUAAAUAUUAAUUAAUACAAUGAACAAGAUUACAGUCCUGAGUGUUUUUUAGCAGCUAUGCAAGACCCAAAAUAGACAAAUCACCCCCUCAGAGAUAAUGAAGACGCCUUAAAAUGUAAACGAAGAUGACAUAAACAUAGAUAUAUGAUUGGUUGCUCCUUUGGUCUGGUUGCUGCACUGCUAGUUGUAGCUAAACUACUAAUGCUAAAUGCCGUCAGCAGUGACAGGCUGUACAGACUCCGCUAACAUUUUUGUGCUUUCUGCACUAUCACUCGGGAAGUACUUCUUCAAAUGAUUAUACCUUACACAUCGGCUUAAUUAACAGCCGAUGUGCGAUAACAACACAACUGGUGUUGAAUAACUUUUCUUCUCAAGGAUGGCAUCAUCUUUCGGCUUCAAAUCCAUAUACAGGUGGAAGGCGGAACCAAGUUGUCCAAAGUAUAUGCAGUCUACACUCAUAGCUGAUCACCAUGAUCGAACCGAAAUGUAUCACGAUCAUAAAUCACGAUCAUAUAAUCGCCCAGUCCUAUACUCUUCUCACCUGUAUGACCAGAUUUCUAAACAUAUGGGUUGUUGGUAACAUUAAGUAAGCUAUUUUAAGAUUUUCUCAUUUGUUUGAGAACAAGCUUCUCAACGUUAAACCCGAGCUAAAAAAGGAAAGGAGGAUGCGUAAAGAUCACUCUUCGUUCCAUAUUCUGUAGCUGCCGCUGAACUCGAAUCCGCCUUGUUCAGCAUGUUGUGUAACAUCCUGUUUUUUCCUCUUCCUCUCUUGUCUCCCAGUGCCCGAGAUGUAUGCAGUGUGACACCAAGUUCGACUUCAUCAGAAGAAAGGUUUGUUUUGUUUCGCGACGCGACCAUGAAAACAAACGGCAGCAUUAUCUGAACAGAAGAGGGACACAGCGCAGCAUGCGGGGAAACUGAAGAGGCUUUCAGUUUGUGUUUGGAAACCUUUAUGACCAUUUUUCCUCCUCUUGGCUUCUCUUCAUUUAUUUUGGCAAAGACACACACUGAGGACUCUUUUGGAGGCAUUUGUUUCCAGUGACUACUCUCAUAAUAACACUGCAGCUCUGCGUAUUCAUGUCCCAGUUACGUAUUUUAAAGAAUUCUCUCUGUAGUAAAACCUGAUAUUCUCUUUAAUGCCAGCUGUUUUUACAGAUAUCAGAGAUGUAAAAAGUCCCCCAACCUCCUAAACUCUUAAAGGUGGUAUGCAUUUGUUCUAUACUUGUUAUGGCUUGGAUUUUAAGGGACUGGUUUGACAAAUAUGGGGAUUUGAACUAUAAAACAAAGUUAAUAGUCAUAAAAGUACCUUAAAACAUGAAAUUUAGAGUAAAAACUGUCCUGUGCCACCUCAGAGGACCUCAGCGUGUCUGCUGUUUUGAGGUCAAACACAAAUCUGGAUCUCUGAAGUCUCUGUGAGUCAGAUUUUCUUCUCCAGCUCCACAAAUUUGUGGUUCAGAAAGUCAUUUUCUGGCCUCAAUUCAGCAAACGCUGCAGUUUACUGCUGACACACUUCCUCUCGCCAAACAAACAGAAACCAGUGACAUGCUUUGCUCUUUUGUAACAAAAACAAAAUGGAUAUAAGAGAUUCAAUGAGGGAGAUUUAACACCUCAAUUGAUCCAAACUGUCUUAGAUUAAAAUAGCAGCAGACGCUCCUCUUUAUAUCUCACCUUUAACCAUCUGAAUCAACAAAAUUCUCUUUAAACGUCUUUAUAUUUUACGAGAUGUUCAAUCACUACCUAAUGGUUUCUCCUGCAGCAUCACUGUCGGCGGUGCGGGCGGUGCUUCUGUGAUAAAUGCUGCAGUAAGAAGGUGGUGCUGCCCCGCAUGUGCUUCGUGGAUCCGGUGCGUCAGUGUGCGGAGUGCGGCCUGGUCUCGCAGAAAGAGAUGGAGUUCUACGACAAACAGCUCAAAGUGCUUCUGGGAGGUGAGACGUUCAACACACGACCAGUGCCAUUACAUAUGAUAAGGUUUUUAUAUGUUGAAACACCUGAAAGAAAGCUGGAUAUGAACUGUGUAAUGAAAUGGGGAGGAUUUCUCCAUCCUGCUCAUCUUUCGUUGGGUCCUCCUCACCCUACCGGGAGUCUAAUUUGCAUAACCACCUGCUCACUUGAAGUUAUUAGUCUUAUUACCUUGCUGCCAAUUAAAGAGGUGAACAAGCUUUGGUUUGGAGCAGGAUACUCCAGCAGAGCGUCCUCCCUCGUCCCCCUCGCCCCAUUGAGUGUGGGUCAGCGUGCAGCUAUAAAUAAGCAGCCGCAGCAGCAGGUCGCCUCUCAAUGAAAAAUCCAUCAGCAGCCUGGAGCUGCAGGGGGGGACGAGCGGCUGAAUGGAGCGCCUGCAGCGCGGUGGGGCCUCAUGCUUUAUGGAUGAUGGAGUUAUGGACGGCUCAGCGGAAAAGAAGAGGCACAGGAGUCACAGAGAGAUGAACAUACAGCAAAUAGAACAAAGCUACUGUCGGGAGUUCUAAUUCAGCCGAAAUAAAGAUCAUGAUCGCUCAGUCAGCUCAGUGUUACGGUGUGUGUGACCCUAACUUAAUUUCACGCCGGAAUAUUCCUUUAACUGGUUGCCCCUCCCUUUUGUUUUCAUCUUCUUGUUUCCAGGGGGCACCUUCGUCGUGACUUUGGGAACGUCAGAGAAGUCUGAAACCAUGACGUGUCGCCUUUCCAACAACCACAGGUAAACAAACACCGAGUCCUUACCUGUCAAGUCAUCAUUAUCACUAUAUUUUGUAGUUUCAACAUCACCCAUCGUUGGGUUCACUGAUCAGAUUCGGUAGCUUGUCGUGUGUCAAGCUUCUUUGAGUGUUGAGUUCUCAUCCACACGUCAGGUAUCUGUUCCUGGACGGAGAGAGCCACUUCGAGGUGGAGUUAUCUCGGAUCUCCAGCAUGCAGAUUCUGACAGACGGGACGAGUCCAGGAGGUAACCCAAGUUUCUGACGAUCAAAACGAAGAAAAAAAUGUAACAUGUGACUUCUUUUCUGCUGAUGAACAAAGACGUGAACUGUGCAUUUAUCCACGAAAAGACGCUGGUUCAUUACUUUGUCUUUAAUUAACACGUAAACCUGUUUGUCUUUAAUCUAAUCGAACACUAACAAACUCUUUUUCUCCUCCCGCUGCUUUGACUCUGGACUCUCCCUCUUCCUCUCCUCCUCCUCCUCCUCUUCUUCUUCUUCUUCCUCUGGGCUCAGAGAAUGACAUUCACACUUACACCAGUCUGCUGGACAGUCACUUUAUCUCUGAAGGUUAGCUGAGGUUCUCUGCCGUGUUUGUCUCUGUCUUUUUCCCCUCGUGUUUUUUAUUUGUGUGCAUGAAGCUGCCUGACACUGAGACCAACCAACAUCACAUUUAUUGGAGCUAAUAUAGUUGAUAGUUGAGGUUUUUGAUUCUGGCGGUAAAGCUGUAACUUGCUGCUUCUUAUUAAGAGUGUGUUAUUUAUUUGUCCAUGUAUAACAAGAUUGAUAACUGAUCAGCUGAUCAACAAAAGAGUCAUUACGCAAAGUUAUUUAAAGCUGCUUUCAUGUGAGGAUUUCCUGUUUUCUUUUUCUAAGUGCGUCUCCAUGUUUGAGCGGCUUGUUAAUGAAAAUAUAUUUAAUGAUUUGAAGUUGUUUUCUGAGGCUGUAGUGAUAUUUUUUUACAUCCCCAUCACUUCAAAAAUCUCUCUGCAGAUUAGUAUGACUGUGUUUGUGUGACUUCUGUCAACUAAGAUCUAUAAUUUUGACUUUUGAUACUUUAAGAAACUCAUCAAACUUCUGCACGUUUUUUGAGAUUUUACUUUUGAAUUUAUGAAUGAAUUUAUUCCCCUUUUGUCUCAUUUUUCUUUUUUUUGUUCGUUUUGAGACUUGUUGAUGUUGCAUCUGUGUGUUUUUGCAUGAUUUGACCAUUUUUUUUAAGUUUGAUAUGAAUCUUGAGAGUGAAAUUGUGACUCAGACGCCGAGACUUGAUCUCACUGGGUUGGCUUUUUGAUUCUACUUUGAUAUUUUGUUUAUUAGACAUGGGAUUGUGUCGAUUCUUUCCCCGGUUUUUCUUUGUUUGUUGCCACAUUUCAUCACUCUUAUUCAACUUCUAUUUCGUCUGUUAGAUUUAAUAAAAAGUGGAUGUUCGUGCUAGAAAGCAGGUUUGAUUUUUCCAGCUCAGUUCGCAGUGAUCACACAGUUUCAGACCACUUCAGCUCUGUCAGUCAUGGCCUUAUAAUUAGCAUCCCAUAACUACUCAACUAAAAUUUUCAGACACAUGGAUGCUUCGGCACAAAUUUGCAUAAUCAGCACUAAAGUAAACAUCAGAAACCAGGUUUGAGAAGAGUCUGAUUGAUGUGUAUUUCCAUUUUAAAGUUUCGGUCAUGUCCCAUCGGUUCACAUGGAGGAGGUGGGCUUUAUCACUAAUACCGCUGUCAGCCAGGAGGGGGAGCUUCACUUUUAGGGAGCUUUCAUGUGUGGCGUAUUUCUUUAAACAUGUUAAACUUUGAGUGUUGAGUGGAGGAAAACACGACUUUAAAAGUCAGGAUAACUUAAUUUAAAAUGUCACCUGAUCUGAUCUGAACUCUUCUCUGACUAAAGAAGCACGAGAUGACCAAAAAUAGGCUCAUAAAGUUUAAUCCACAGAUCUCAUUAGAGGCGUUUGUGUUUGUUUGUGUGUGCAGGCGGUACGUCACGGGCCAGCGGCAUGCUGCUUCACUACAAACCGAUGGGCUCCCAGGACGCUCAGCAGCUCCGCAUGGAGGCAGCAGACGACAAGAAGGUGGCCUCGCUGUGGUUAGCUGCAAUGCACAAGGUAUAAACACGUAAUAUUUAACACAGGUAAGGUCGCUGGUCUUUUAAUUUGAAGGUCUUUGCAGGAUUUUGAACUUUGAUUAAAGGUGGGGUAGGCAGGAUCUGAGAAAGUUCCAGUUUUUGGGAGAAAUCUUGAAUGUCAACACCUGCCUACAAACAGUUCACUCUGUUUCACAGCUUUAACUCUUUAUGUCCUGUACCUACAUAUUUAGCUUGUGUCUACUCUCCCUUCUCUCUCCACUAUUCCUAAUUUAAAAAGCAUUUUUGUGUGUUUGUGUAGCACUUUGUUACACGGCUGAAAAAGUGCUCAGUAAGUAAUAAAAACCAGAACACAGGACAGCUAAGAUGAGCUCAUUGAGGUCUGACAGCUUAAGGGGAGAACUGCACAACCUGUCCUCUGGCGCCCUCAUCAGGCCAACAUAUGCACUUGACCUCAUCUGUGAAAAGAAAAUAGAUAAUAGAUAAUCAAUUCCCUGUUUUUGGUCUAAACACGCAGUUUCUAAAGUGUAUGUGUGUCUGAAAGUUCUUCACAUUUUGUCGCCUUUUACCUUUAUUUCAUUCUGUGUUUCUUUUUUUCCUCCUCUUCCUCACAGGCGGCCAAACUCCUGUACGAAUCUCGGGACCAGUGA